UAACAAUUAGAAGUUGGUCAUUUCGUUGAUUGUGAUUUUUUAGUGAAAGUGUUUCUACUUCCACUUUGGACCAUAAUUUUAGCAAAAGAAAAUGGACGGGGCAGAUACUGAUGAACAAGUAAUUAGGCGUUUAUUGGAUGAGGUUGACAUAAAAUAUGAUGAUGAUGUGGUAAAUUACAUUGGUGUCGUAUAUCAAGAUCUUGUUAAACGAGUUCUGUUUAAAGCUAGAGAUAUUGCUGAACAUUUUGACAGGGCUUGUGUGAGUGAAAGUGAUAUAUCGGCUGCAAUCAAGCUGGAUGAGGAUUCUAUGCGCGCACCACCUUCAAACAAGGAAUUAGCUGAGCUGAGUAAAAAGGUUAACAGUAAGCCAUUGCCUAAGGUUACACCAUUUGGAUUACGUUACCCAAGUCAAGGUUCAGCUAUUAGACCUUUAAAAUAAUUGGAUGUGGUGUUGACAAAAGAAAUACUCUUCAACAAUGCCAUACAAAAAUGGUGAUUGAGAUGCUUAAUAACAACGAAGCCUUCAUUUAAUUUACAAACACCAUUCUUCAUACUCAUCAAAAAAUUAAUAUUAUUUAUAUUCGAUUUAAUAGUUAGUUAUAGAAAUGUAAGAUCUGUUCAAUAAAGUGUUUCUU